CCAGAGCCCUCCCAGCUGUGCAGGGACUGGCUGGGGUGUGCUGAGGAUUUUGGAUCCCAAAAGGCCUUCCAGGAGUGCCCAAAAAAAAGGGCACCAAUAAAUCUUUCUUACUCUGGCAAUGGCCCUGAUGUGUUUGGGUUGGUGUCGAGCAUUUUAGAGGAGCCAAACAAGCCAGAGCCAGCUACAGAUUGGAAUUCUCUAUCGAGUUUGUUCCCCCCUGUGUGGGCACCUGAUCUGGGCAGCAACGGGGAGUUCCCAGGGCUGCCAGCUCAGCACUGGGUCCAAACCAAGGAUUUUCCCACCCUGCUGGGCUCCAGCUGCCCCCAGGAACCCCUGCAGGAGCCUCCUGAGGUGGAGAUGCUGCACAGAGGUUUGGGGGACCUUCAGCUCCUCGAGUCUUGGCUCUCUCCCUGUGCUCAUCCCAGCAAUGCCCUGAAGAACCCUGAAAAUUCCUCCUUGCAGAACAGCACCGCAGCUCCCCAGGAAGGGUUUUCCUUCCCAAAUGGGGGCUGCAACCAGCAUUAUGACCACAGGAGGUUAAAUGGAGAUUAUGAAAAAUGUGGGUCCAGUUUUAGCCCAUUUUCUGCUCGGAACAGGAUGAAAGAAAGCCCCAGCGCCCAGAAGGAGUUUUGGAAAAGAGGAAAAGCUCUGAAAAAUAAUGCUCAAGGACAAGCUAAGUAUUCCCCUGAUCUUUCCAAUCAGCCUGGUGAUAACUCUUGGGAUAAAGUACCCCAGGACAGCCACCUGUUCUCUAAGAGAUAUGAGAAUUUCCCAGCUGCUCACAAACUGCAGUCACCAUCCCUUCAUUUUUUCUACCCAUCCCCUAAAGAAAAUCCAUUUUCUGGAGAAAUAGGCAGAAAACCCCAGGAAAGCCAUGUGCAAAAUGGCCAUUGUGGCUUUACUGUGGGGGAUGCUUUUAAUAAUAAUAAUGAGUGUAAGAUGAAUAUGGGCCCUAAGGAAAGCUCUCCUCAAGCAGCUGAAUAUGAUUUAUCUGUGAAAAACACUGUGCAAAAUGGGAAUCACUCCUCCUACCAGGGGUGUGCAUGGCUGGAUGGGAACAGUCUGGCAGCUGCUGCAUCUGAAAUUCCAUAUGGAAAACAAAUGGCAACGAGCCCCCAGUCCUCAUCAGGGGUUUCCACCAUGUCUGGGGGCUCUCCCACCCACCAGCCUUUCACACAGCCCUCCUUCUACUCCCAGCUCCUACCCACCCUCCCUCCCAGGAAAAAUGGGAGGUUACAGACAUCAAAUGGAGUUUCCAGUCACUUUGGGGUUCCUCAUUUCAUCUCAGAGAGCCGGAAGCAGAUGAGACUCGUUGGAAGGUCCCAGGAGGAUGCUGGGGUGCGCAAGGACGGGCGGCGACGCAAAUUCCCCGUUCGAUUUUCACCCGACUGGCUCGGGCAGCAGAAAGCUGCAGGUGAAGAUCAUGCUGAGAAAUACCACAGGUUCCCAAGGAGGCAGAGCCAGGAAAGUGGCAGUAAAGAUGACAGAAGAGGCAGAAGGAAUUGGAUCCCUCGUUUGGGAUCUACGGCCCCACACCACCAGCCUUUCAGCGCGUUUCCAAAAAAGCACGAGCAGAGCGGUGGCAGCUUGUCAGAUUUCAUCAAUCCUUCUCUGCUUCCUUCCUUCCCAUUCCCGUCUGAUUUUAAACCAAAUCCCAGCUUCCCUCCAUUUAAUCACCAACUGUUUCCACCAGCAAACCCUUUCUGUUUCCCUCCGCCGCCGUUUCCAUUCUCAGACCUCGUUGAUCUUUUUCACUGCGACGACUUCACCCCCUUGAGUCCCUUCAUGGGUGAUCUCUCCCCUGGGGAAAUCCCUGCCCCCUGCUUUGCCUUCCCAGCCCCAUUUAACAAGUUCAGGCCUCCCAGGAGCCGCAGUGGCCCCGCUAACGAGCUCCACGUCCGCCUGGAGGAGUGCCACGAGCAGUGGAGAGCUUUGGAGAAGGAGAGGAAGGAGGCUGAAGCUGACCUUGCAAAGCACUUCCCAGGGCAGCCCAACCCCAGCCCUGUGCCACGGCUCCCUGUGAAUCCAUCCCGCGUGGAUCGCCUGCUCACUGACCAGGCCCAUGAGCAUGCCCGGGUGCUUGCCCUGAUUGGAAGAAUGGAGAGGCUCUGUGGUGCUCCCCUGCACAGGAACAUCUCCAGGACCUUAGAGCUGCACCUGGAAGCCAUUCAGGUGACCCAGGCACGUCGGAAGGAUGAGAUUGGAAAUGCUGCAAACCCCCAGAGUCACAGGGGGCCACGCUACAACAAUGAGAAAGGUGUGCUGGCCCUGGCAGCUGCCCUGCGAGCCCUGGCUGGAGCCACACGCGCAACUCGCACCGCGCUCUGGUGCGCGCUGCAGCUGACCCUGCCCAAACCCCCUCCUGCUGCACCUGACGACCAACAACUCCUCCUGCCAGAGCUUCGUUCUUCAAGCACAAGCAGCCAGGAAAAAAGCAGCCUGGAGCAGGAAAGCAGGGGAAGUGGAAAAGCUGAGGAAGAGAGGAAGAUUUUGGAAUAAUCGGCGAUAAUAAAUGGAAA